CAUAUCCAAAUAUCUCUCCAUUUACGGAGUAAUCUUCUGAUUAUUCUCAGCUUCGUCUCCAAGCGACUCAAAAAUCAAAUUCGAAAUUUCGAAGAGUGCAUUCAUUCACAAGCUUUUGUGGUCUGUAACGAGGAUUUUCAGCUGAGAAACUGUAGAUUUGGUUUUGAUAGGGAUAUAUCUACGGAUUAAGGUUUUAGGUUUAACUAUGGACUCGGAUGGGCACAAUUCAGCCCGGGAGAAGGUUGGUGCUGCCGGUGCUUUUCGCAGGCCGUCCAACGAUGCUGCUAAUCGGAAAUAUCGACGUCGGUCUCCAGUUGGCGAAUCAUCCUCGGACGGUAGUCCUGCCCAUGAGAGGAGCUUGAGUCCAGUUCCACCAACUGAAGCUUGUGAAAAAAAUGAUGAUUCUCAGCGAAGGAAGGAUGAUGGAAGGGAUUUAGGGAGAGACUCUGGUAGGAGUCAACAUGGCAGGAGUGGUGAGUCACACAGACAUUCUGAUCGACAAUCCUCUAGGAGUACUCAUAGUCACCGCAGGCAUGAUGAGUAUACAAGACAUAGCAGGAAUGAAGAUAAUGAUGAAAGAGAGAAUAUAAAAUCAUAUUCUCAUCAUCAUCGGAACUCAAGAGGAAGAGACUAUUCUGAUCACUCUAGGCAAGAAAAUGACCAUAGGUCGAGAGACUAUCCACGUGAUGUUGAUAAAUACUCCCGAGAUAAGUAUGGUUCUUCAGGGCACAGAAGCAGGGACAAGGAAAAGGAAAGCUCAUCUCUCGAGUGUCAAAAGUACAAAGAAAAAGAUUCAUCAUCUGAUAGAAUUGGAUCUGAUAAUAGGUAUACUAACUAUGGCAUUGAAGAUGGUAGGUCUGGAGAAAGGGAUAAGCAUAAGGAAUAUAGAGAUAGCCAAGAUGAGAAGACAGACCAUAAGAGGAAUUUAGGAGAGUAUAAAAGUUAUAACUCACAUGCUUACAAAGAAUCCAGGGGCCACCGCAAUGAGUCAACUUUAAAAAAGGAUGGCUCUGGCCAUCGUCUAAAAGAAGCUGCUCUGCCUGAUUAUAUGGAGUUGGAUAGUGAAAAGUACACCAAGGAGGAUAAAAAGAAAUAUGAUGAUGGGGAAAGGUUCAAGGAGCGGCAAAGUCGAGAAAAAGAGAAGUAUGAGGACAGGAAUUUAUCUUCAAGUAGAUGUCAGGAGUCUUCCGCAAAGAGGUCCAAAUUUUAUAGCAUUGAUGGUGGAAGCACAGAGCAUGUAAAAGAUGAUGAAAAGCAGUCGUCAAAUUCAAAACAAGGCCAAGUGUCUCCUGGCGAAGUCACUUUGGAGCAGGGUGUGAAAGACUCUGAUAUAGAUGCUGCAAAAGUUGCUGCCAUGAAGGCCGCUGAAUUAGUUAAUAGGAAUCUUAUUGGAACCGGUUACAUGACUGCUGAUCAGAAGAAGAAGCUGUUGUGGGGAAGUAAAAAGAGCACAAAUGAUACUGAAAAGUCAGCUCAUCACUGGGAUACAUCAACAUUUGGUGACCGUGAACGACAGGAAAAAUUCAACAAACUCAUGGGUGUGAAGGGUGAUGCCAAGGGGGAGCUGAAACCCGACAUCCAUGAUGCAGAGAAGCAAAGAGAGCUUCAGAUAGACUUGGAGAAGCAGUACACUGCUGGGCUCCGUCGAAGAGAUGGCCGCACAGUUGGACUCGGACUCUAAGCAUACGACUUGAUUGUCUAGCACGUUCAUCCACGACACAAAGAAGCAAAGGGAGCUCCAGACGGACUUGUAGAAGCAGUACACAUCGGGGAGAUGGUCGAUUUGAUUGUCUGGUGUGUUCAUUAAACCGUAGCAAAACACAUUAUAUUGUACUAUUUUGCACGUACGUAUGAUGUUUCUUGUGGUGCUGGACAUCCCUAAUCUUGUGGUGCAGCUCAGAAUUGCUCCUGGUGAGGAUUAUUAACAAAGCAUUUAUAUUGACAUAAAUUUUGAUAAAUGUUUUGUUCAAUUUUAUGGAAA